UGAGGGAGCCUGUCUGCUGUCACACGUGUCUGCCCUCGCCUCCUCUGUACUCAAGCUUCACAAGAGACAUACAGCCCUCACCUCCUCUGGACCUACAGGACAUCUAUGAGAUCUGGCCACUCAUUCUCUACACCUCUUUUCUGAUUAACCUAAUCUACAAAGAAUCUGAUCCAAAUACAAAGCCUUCCGAGGGAAACUCGAUGGCAGAGGUUGUGGAAACACUUGGAAAGAACACAAUGAUACAUGCUGUAUGAAGUGAAAGAAAAUCCUUCCUGGGGGGAAAAUGGUGUGUUUGAAAGGCACUCUACGGGGCUCAUCGUAUCCACACUCAAGGCCCCGCUGGUUGGGGAGGGACUCAGUGAUUUAGACACAGUGUCCAAUGUGGACGAGCUGGUGGAGCUGUUGUAUCCAGAGUACAGUCUGGUGCAGCAUUGCCUACGUAGGAAAACCCAGCGCACCUCCACUCCUCUCCAUGCUGAAGACGAUGUCUGGGCCUGGGGCAAGCCCAGGGAGGGUGCACUGUACAAGUCUGACAAAGGCACCUUUGACGUUAUUCUGGAGGAGAUCCAGCGUACCAUGUGUAGUCCUCGGGAGGUGUGUCUGGAGGUGUCUAAAGAGUACCCAGAGAGCACUAGUCACUUCUACAUGCCUCGCUGUGUGUCUGUGCACCGCUGUGGGGGCUGCUGUACCCACGAGGGUCUGUACUGCACCAACACCAGCCAUACUUACAGCAACAAGACGCUGCUGGAGAUGAGUCACCGUGAACACUCUGUAGUGAUGGUGGCGUUCGUCAACCACACGUCCUGUGAGUGUCUGUCCAAGAGGCCCCAGCACUCCGUCAUCAGGAGGGCUGCUGCAGCCCACCUCACCGUGUGUUCUCCGCCAGAUGUUCCCUGCAGUACAGGACUGGUCUGGGACCCCACCAGCUGCCUGUGCGUUCCCAUAGACACAAGCUUCUUCUCUGAGAGAGAGCUGGAACCCCUGGAGUCGGCCUUGCUGGCGCUGUGUGGCCCCAACAAAGACCUGGACGAGGACAGCUGUGAGUGUGUGUGUGAGAACGGUCUGACAGAGGCAAGCUGUGGGCCGGGCUGGCGUCUAGACCAGGCGUCCUGUGAGUGUCUCUGUGAGGACCAGCCCGCCCUGGGGACCUGCCCACCCAACCAACGCUGGGACCCAGAGCUGUGUGGCUGUGUGUGCCGGGCAGAGUGCCCCCGUAGCCAGCCUCUCAACCCAGAGACGUGCCUCUGCCAGUGCAGGGAUAGCCCUCAGACCUGCCUGCUAGAGGGCAAGAGGUUCAACGCACACAACUGCAGCUGUUACCGGCUGCCGUGCAGAAAGCCACACAACAGCUGUCCAACAGGCUUCUACUACAGCCACUACGUCUGCCAGUGCAUACCCAACCACAUGAGGUCAGGGGAGUGGAACUGACAAAGCUGGUGUUACCAGCACUGGUGUUACCAGCACUGGUGCCAAACUCUAGGGUCAAUGUACUGUAACUGUAUGGUGGAAACGAGGCGGUGUGUUUGCAAUGUAGAGCCGGUAGAUGGAGGCUAGACUAGGGGAAUGUUUUUUGAUGAAUUCUCCUGAUAGGCCAAGAGGCUCUCCAUCUUCAGACCAGGGAACAUACAAUGAAGCACACAACGAUGCAGUCGUCUAGAUACUGCAGGUCAUGGUCUGAAUCAUGGACGUUAUUGACAUUGCCUCAGAUUCAUUAUGUGUGGCUGUUAAAAUGAGAAGGAAAAAAAUGAUUUCAUUCCAUAAAAUGAAAUCAUUUUCAAUUAUCUGAAAUUGAUAUUUAUUGCAAGUGACCCUGCAGCUCUCCGAGAUGACGAUGAUGUAACUGGGAAGAAACGCCCUGACAUGAGAAGGAAGACAAAAGACUGAAAUGUAAAGGCCAUGUAUAUACUGUAUUGUACAAAACGUGUGACUGUAGUCAGUGGUGGCUGUGAAUGAAAAGUGUGCUUUUAAUGUCAUAUCCUAUUUGUAUUGUAUUUAAAAUACACGCUAUUGAUAAAAUAAAAUACAAACUUGAUUGGCUUUGGUAAAUGUGUACUGUGUGUGUUUGAUAAGAGUUUCGUGACAAGAAGUUUGGCAACAGACUAUGGGAACCAGACCAGACUGGCACCAUGGAGAGUGUGAUGUGAUGUCUCCAAUCACAAAACAAAGGCAUUAAAAAACACACACUCCUGCAGUGAAAAUGGAUCCAAGACCUUUGUCUCAAAUUCCUCAUCCCAGCCUUAUGUGUUUGGAACAAUAAACACUAUCUCGAGGUCAAUUGCAGAGAGAUCUAAUUCCCGUCUGGCUUGUGUCUUUAGAAACUGCCAUCCACAGUUUGUACUCUAAACCAGCGCAGCCCUCUGUACAGAAACAGGACUGCAUAGCUAAACUCAGUGAUAGUAGCUUUUGUUUGUGAUAAUCCAAAUAGUUGGGGUUAUAAGUAGGCCCACAGAGUAGAGACAGUAGUUUAGACGGUUGACUUUGUCAAGGGUGAUAUAUGUUUUGUUAGCGGAAA